AUGCAGCAGGAUCUAGGCAAGUUUCGAUGGCGGGCGGCAGAAGAGGGGAAUAGACGAAGGAAGAGCCAGAGGAAAGAAAAGGGCGGCGCAACUAGCAGCGGCAGCACAAAGGCACCAGACCAGGGAGAGGGCAACGGCGGUAGGGCAGCAGACCGGUAA